UCUUGAUGUGAUAAUUUGAGUUAAUAUAAAAUUUUAAACCAAUAAUUUAUUACAAAUUGAACAAAUAUAAUACGUUGUUCGAGCUGAUUGAGAUUACUAAAGAUCUCAUGAAACGGUAUUAACGAAUCACAUUUCACGCGUUACAACUAGACAGUAUUCAAUUAUUUCUUUUUAAUCGUAGUUGGAGUCAUUUUUCAUUAAAGAUCAACUUAAUAAUAUCAUUUGUUGCAUUUUCUGAUCAAACAGUUAAUCCAGUUUUGUGUAUACAUUGUUGGUUGUCAUGGACAUUAGCUGUUUCUGCUUCUCGAAAAAGGUAAAUAUUUCAAAUAUUAGUGUUAUUAUUUGGUUCUAUUAAAUUGUCCUGCUAUGGUCGAAGUUGAUCAUAUCGACUCUUCAUCUCCAUCUUUAGUUAAUCAUGAUGACAGUAAAAGUCCCGGUUAUCAUUUUAUUUCAAACUUUCAAUCGAUGCACGAUUUGAUUGAAAAAUUAAUCCUUCUUAAAUAUGACAAGGAGUUUUGUCCUGUUUACAAAUGUCAACCUCUUCAUAGGUAUUACUUUACAAUCCAAACCAACCCAGGAGAGCAAUUUUAUGUAUUUUCAUGUCUUUCCGUUUGGUUGAUUAAGGAAAAAUGUCAACUAAAGAUGACCAGCGAACUUAAUCCACAAGAUUAUGAAGAUCCAAAUGUAACAAUCCAUGGAAUCUUGGAUGCUGUUCGUUUAAUUGUUGACAAGGUGUCAAUUGCUCCAAAUAAAAUUAAACAAGGUUAUGGAUCAGAAGUCAUUUGGAUACUCAAUACACUAACCGAUGAUGCAUUGAGUAAAAAUCAAUUUGCUCGUUCACCAAUUGUGGUUAAAGUGUUGACAUCGGAUAAAGAUUAUGAACUGGAUAAUAUUGAAGAGGAUAAAAUAAUUGAAGAUGAAGAUGAUAUUGAAAUCAAUUUCAAUGAUCAAUUUACACUAUUAGAUGAUGAAUAUGGAGAUUUUGACAAUGAAAUGGUUACCGAUAAACUGUAUACUCAAUCCUUGGUCAACCGUCCACAAGCAAUACUGGCUAGCAACGUUGACUCGGCCGAGUGGAAGAUUGAAGUUGAAAGAGUUUUGCCUCAGUUGAAGGUUAUCCUUCGUUCAUCUGACCACAAAGCUGAUUGGAGAGCUCAUAUUGAGGAAAUGUAUCGACAUCGAAACGAGGUGGAAAAACAUUUCGAGACAACUUCUAAUUCCUUGAAAAAAUUGUCCGAUGAAAUUAACAAAGAAAUGGCUCAGAUUGGAGCAAGGGAAAAGUACCUUCAAUUGCAAUUGGAAACAUUAACUUCUGAAUAUAAUUCACUGGAGGCUCAUCUCAAGCAAGCAACGGAAAGUUAUAAAAUGGUCAGUGGUGGUGUUACCGAGAAAUCACGUAAAUUGGCUUCGAUUUCAGAGGAAUUGGAUUCAGUCAAGGAAGAGAUGGAGAAAAGAGGAACUGCCAUGACUGAUGGAACACCCUUAAUCAGUAUUCGUAAAGCCUUAACUACAAUUAAGCAGGAAAUAGUCUCUCUUGAUAUAAGGAUUGGAGUUGCGAUGCACACUUUGCUUCGUAUUAAAGUUGCUGAUAGUACCAAAGAUGCGCUGGAGAAACAACAGCCAUUCAAAAAUAAUCGAAUGGAUGAAUUAAUUUUUUAAGAUAAUUCGGAAAAAUUAACACUGUUGGUGUCGUUGUGAAUCUUGAGUUAGCUGAAGACUAAAUUGACAAUCUGAGAGUUUUUCUGCUAAUUAUUACCAGCAACGCUAAUGAUAGUUGAAAGUUAAUGUAAUUAUUAUUGAAAAGCAAUUACCAGGAAAAAAAAUUCUUAUUGCAUCGCAAAAAAAUUGCAUCGAUCUAUUGAUGUUGAAUGAUAAAGUAUAAGAUGAUCAAAGAUCUGAUGUCAAAAGAUUUGAAUUGUUAAAAUUGAAUGUUUCCUAAAUUGAUCGAGUUGUAAAACGUUUCAUCCUUGCUUGAUGCCUGAAAUGAGAAACAAAUGAAUUGAUUUAUAUUUAUCCUUGGCUCAGAUUGAAAUGAAACAUUUCACAUGCAAUAGUUGAACAUACAAAAGUAAAUCUAAAUUAAAAAUCAAUAUUAAUCCUUGUUGGUAGUGCAUUUUCAAUUGUCUUUGCCGUACAAAUGAAUUAACAUUUCUGCUCUUUCCAAUUCACCAUAAACGACGCUUUUUAAAAUUCACGUCAGUUAUUGGUUGAUAUCAUGGGAUAAUUAAUCAUGUUCAGUUCAAUUAUUGUGUACGCUCAAAUUUAAUAAUCCCCAUGAAUAUAAAGAUAUCAAUGUUAGUUAAUAUUAGAUGAUAUUUGAUGAUCUUAUUGCCUUUUAGCGAACCCAUUUCCUAGUCAAUUUCAAACUCGUCUAGAUGGACCCAAUGGCUUAUUCACUUGGCCUCUAUUGAUUAAAAUGACAAUACAAAUAAAAAUUGACGUCAGGAAUUGAUUCUUGCAGGUAGUCAAACCUUAACUACUCAAGGUAACAAGAGAUAUAUUCACAGUUUGACGGCCAUUCAGACAAAAACAAUGUUAUAAAUUUUUUAUUACAAUCAUUUAUUACUUUACAAUUACUCUGAUCUCUGAGCUUAUACAAUCGCAUUGAAUCAUGAUUGUAAGUUGUAAAGCUACGAGAAAAAUUAAAUAUCGUCAAGUUAAUUCAUUUUAAAGAUUUGCAACAACAACAUCAAUUCAACUGGUAAUUGAUUUAAGAAUUGGUCAAUUAAACGUUUAACUGGUUAUUUACUUGGUUAAACAAUAAGGUUAACCUUCCAGUGUUUUCAUGAUGAGAAUAGAAAAUGUUUGAUCACUUGAUGUUAAUUAUAAAUACAUGCUUCUCAAUGAUAAUUUCAACUUCAUUAAGAUUCUUCACUUCACUGCGGUAAUAUUACUUUUUCAGCUGUAAUGAGGUUUAAAUAAAUAGUGUUGAUCAUUUUUUGCUUUUAAGAUAUCAAGUUAGGCUAUAACUGACCUCGUAAUGUGAAUUUUCAAUUUUCACUUCAAGUUGAUCAUUUAAAUUCACAUUUUUUGUAUGGGUCAAGGGUAACUGGAAACAAGUUUAAAGAAGAAGCUCGGGAAAAUGUUAAAAUGAAAUUGAAAAUUAUUUUGGUUAAUUUAUUUAAGGUAUAUUGGUUUAUUUAGACUAGAUUUGAGUCUCAUUCCUGGUUGAGUUGUGUGUAAUGAAUAAUUCACUGAAUUGGGGAUUAAACAUGGAAGACUUUACUUGUUAAUUGUAUGAAGUCAAAACAUCAAAUUUUUUCGUAAAAAUUGUAACUAAUCUAAAAAGAUUUCAAGGAAAACUCAAGCUGCAAGCCAUGGUUGAACUACAAGUCCGAAAACUGUCAAAGCUUAAUCACAAUUCAGGUUACUCAGGACUUUGCAUGGAAACUUUGAAUUUCAAGUUAAGAGUUGGGGCUUUGUAGGUUUGUUGGGGCAUAAAAACUGAUUAAAAAGUGAUAGUAAUUAAUAUUAGAAAAUAUAAAUAUAAUGAAAAUUAGGAUUCACAGAGGCUGUUUCAAACAAAUUGAAUUUUGUGGAAAAGUAAUUUUGUUUCAUGUUUCAUUAAAUAUAACACGAUAUUGAAUAAUUAUUUUUUCAUUUGCGUUUUCAAUUGUCACUGAGAUAAUUUGAUGAAACUUGAUAUUUCAUAGUUCUUUUGUGAUUCAAUGGUUUGUCAACAGCUUUGACCAAAGUUAAGAGACUUUGAAUUUGAAGUGCAUUUAAAAUGAUUGAAACAGGAAUCACUGUUGGUGUGAAAGAUGGUGCUUAUGAUUUAAUCCAUGAUAAAAAGUCAACCUCAUGUUUUAAGCAAAUCGUUGAUACUCUGUUCAAUUAUAAAUCUCAAUACAAUACGAGCUAUAACACUAAUUUUCAUAUGAAUGGAUCAAUCGAUGUGCUGCUCGAACCAGUGGUAACCAUUUACAACGACAGUUUCCCGAACGUCACCUUGUCUUUGCCUUUUGGUUCAUCCAUUUGUGUUGUUGUUCAUACGAUUCCAGCAAGUUCACAAUUUGUUGAUGCUGUUGACUCAAUAUCGAUAUUUUCAAUCAAUUUUUUUAUUCUUCUCAUGGUUGGUGUAAUACUCUGUUCUUUUAUUGUUAACAAACCGAUAAAACCAUUGAUAGAACGAUUGAAACAUUCAUUUU